AUGGAGUAAACUUUAUCGUAACAGUUCAAUUGCAAGUUGAACUUGUAACGGUGAAUUUGAAUCCCAAUGAAAUUGAACUUUUGUCAAAUGGAAUUUCAACCCUUUUUCAUUGGCUAAUUCAAGGUGAAACCUUUGUCUUCCUUUCAAUGUUUGUGAUUAAAACUCAACAUUAAGCUUAAAAAAAUGUCAUCUUUACAAAAAGUGUCCAAGACUGCAAAAUGGUUGUUACCCAUUAACAUCUGUCUACAUUGAAAAAGCCGGAGAUCACCUUAUUGUUAACAAGUGUAAAUUAAAUUGUAAUUUACAAUUGACACUGUUAGUGUUAAAUACAAUUGAUAUGUAACUAAUGGAAAUUAAUAAACAUCUCAAUCAAUUAAUAAUGUUUAACCAUAUUGGAUUUGUAAUAUUAACAACUAUAAGGUUAUUUAUUUGUCAACUCUACUUACCAUUGAUCUUUGCCUAUGAAGUAACCCUUUUCAUGGAUCAUCCUCUUGGUUCACCUGGCAUUCAAAUUAAGACUAUCAAUCAAUUUGAUGAUGUUACAGUUUUGAAUCGUUUUACUGCAUCAUCUGGUUCUCGUGUUGAACUUCCCUGUGACCUCACAAUUCCUUCUGCAGAGGAUUCAAUUAGUUUAAUACUUUGGUACAAAAAUGAUCGCAAAAGUCCUCCCAUUUAUAGUGUCGAUGCACGAAACUCACCCGUUGAAAAGGCUUCCCAUUUUACUGCCGAUGAGUUCAAGAAUCGAGCCAAAUUCAAUUUAUCCGUCCGUCCUGGUUUACUUUCCAUUGAACCUGUUCACCAAGAAGACACUGGACUCUACCUUUGCAGGGUAGACUUCAAAUGGGCAAGAACAGUAAAUACGUUAAACAACUUGACUGUUAUCGAACCAGCGCCAACACUAGAGUCUUGCAGCAUAAGCAAUCAAACGUCAACUUCAUUUCAAAUUGAAUGUUAUAAUCUUUACUCGCUGGUCACAACCAGUGAUGAUAAAGUGGACAAAACUUAUCGUAACAAUAAUGUUACUCAUGGUUUGGUUAAACCUGAUGAAUCGUUGCCUUUACCAGUUGAUCAUACAACCCAAUCUUCACACUUGAUUAACAAUAAAAUAAAUUAUUUCCUUGAAGUUUAUAGUUCUGAUGUUAAAGAUAAAAUUGUUAAAAAUUUAACUUCCAAUGGAGCAAAAUUUACUGUCAAUGGCCUUCAACCCGACACAUCUUACCUGAUUCAUGCAUAUUCAGGCAAUCAAUAUGCAACAAGUUUACCAAUAAUAAUUCCAACUCGAACACUUCGUCCCAUGAAACACGAUCCUCCAGUUUCACUGGAAUUUUGUUCAAUAUCAAAUAAAACGAUAUCAUCAUUUGUUGUUAACUGUUUUGUACGAGUUGAACAAGCUCUUGGAGACGAAUCAAACUCGUCCGUUAGGUUGCACCAGAACAAGAGUGGAAACAAUUUCAAUGAUAACAAGACUGACGGAUCGUUUGAAUCAUCUUCAGUUGCAGCAAAUUCUGGCUCUAGUAAAGCGAAUCGAUUUCAUGUUGAAAUUUUCAAUGAAAAAAGUAAACGACUAACGGAUAAUCUUACAAAUAGUUCGCCCUUUUUUUCGGUCAGUGGCCUUGAACCUGGAAACUCAUAUACACUUUAUGCAUACACUUCAAAUUAUAUUAGUAAAAGUUCACCUUUGACGGUUAAAGUUGACCUGCCUUUAGCUCAAGUGCCAACCGUACCUGCCUUGGAACCCAUUAUACCAUUGGAAUCGUGCGUCAUAAGCAAUCAAACGGUUGAUUCAUUUCUCAUUGAAUGUUCACUGAAACAGUUAACCAGCUUAAAUAUGAAUGUUUCAUCACAAUCAUCUCUAACUGGUUAUCCAUCAUUUUCAUCCCCAUCUUCCUCAUCAUCUUCUGUCAAUGAAAAAUUUUCCCAGUUGAUCAUUUUAUCCAAUUCAUCUUUCAAUCCAAACAACAUGUUCCAAGUAAACUUGAAUCAAACCUAUCAUGUUCAAGUUUACCAUUCCGAACGAAACGAGCUGAUAAUCAAUCAAACUCGACCCAAGCCUCAAUUCCUAAUCACUGGACUCGAGCCAGAAACUUCAUACCUCAUAUAUGCAUAUACAGCAAAUUUGCACACAAAAAGUGAUCCAAUAAAGUUGACCGUAAAAACGGUUCACCCUGCUCAACCCAAGCAAGAUGAACCACAAUUGUCUUCAGUGCCUUUACAGUCUUGCAGCAUCACCAAUCAAACCUGGGGUUCAUUCAUAGUCGAAUGCAUUGCUGGAACAUUUUCCCCUGAAACGAAUCACUCUUUACCCGAUAGCAACAGCCACUUGCCUUCAUUGCCAUCAUCUUAUUUAUCAACUUUAAAUCCAAAUGUUCAUCACACUCUUUACCCAUCUUUACACAACUCUUGGCCUAACACAACUUCACUUAGAGAGGAAAACUUGAGCUCAACCACUGAACCCAGUGUGGACACUUUUGCCUUAAAAUCAUUUUCUAGUUCAAACAAUAGUCACUCAAUGAAUAGCCAUUAUGCUCAAAACAAAUAUAUUUAUCAUCUUGAAGUAUUUAACCGAGAAAAGGAUAAACUUUUGUACAACAUGACCAAUUCGAGUCCAAUUUUCGCUGUAAGUGGCCUUGAACCCAGCACAUCCUAUUUACUUUACAUUUAUACUUCCAACAAGAAUGGCCUUCGAAGUUCAUCUUUAACCCUUAAAUCUGGAACAUUGACCAUGAUGAAUCGAAAACAGGAUUAUGUCGAGGGUGGUGUCGAAGUUUUGGACUCUCGAGUUCUCAUCUUGGUUCUUGGAGCAAGUUGCCUUUUACUUUUACUUGCUCUUGUAAUUUUGAUUAUAAUGAAGAUUCGCAAGAGAGACGCCAUGAUAUCCAAUCGUAAACGAAGCGACUUGAGUGACUCGAGUUACCCAAUGGAUACACAUCAACCGCAUCAACAAUCAGUGAACAAGGGUUACCCACAUCGUGCCUCUGGACCUGAAGCCAGUCCUGGUUGUCUAACCAGCUUAACUCACCUCAACUCGGUUCACAAUGCAAGUCCAACUGUACACAGUUUAGACAAUGUUUUUGGCCUGACAAGUGAUACUCUCAAGGAUAAACUCAAGGGUGGACUUGGCCUUACAUCAACCUUUACCGGGCUCAUGGAUGGUUUAACCUUGCGAUCAGACAAUGUUAACAGUCAAAUGUCAACUGAACGAAACAACAAUCAAAACAACUACAUGAGCAACAACAACAACAAUAAUAAUAGCAGCAGCAAUGGUUCCAAUAAAUCUUUUUCACCCUCUGAGAAUAACAAUCCAUUGGCCAUUGAUGUGGACCAUCAACAACCUAAAUGGAUUCUUGUCAAUUCAACAACCAAUCCUGACGUUAUACCAACCAAGGCAAACUUACCAGAAGGAAACUCUGGAAGCUGUUCAAAUCUAGUCAACAGCAGAUUACUUGAUGGUUGUCCAAUCAAUUCGCCUCUGUCUGGGACUUUGCUUCGAUCGGGACAGGUUUCAAUCAAGGUUGAUCCAAACGUGCUCAAUGGUGCUUAUAACGUUCCUCACGUUCGCCUAAUCUCAAAUCGAGCAAACCAACCUCAGUUGAUUUUAACUCCACAAAAUUCUCAACCACCUGAGAUAUCGAUUUUCUCAACGGAAACAUUUGAAGAACCCAAUAUUGUUUCGUUUUCAACGGCAGUUUGACAUAUUUUCUGCUUCAGCAAACUCCCAAUGGUGAAAAGCUAACCAAGAAUCUUCCAAACUUUUUUCUUAAUUUUCUCUUCUUCCUCUGUCCUUCAUCUCUUUUGUUACUCCGACUUAAACUAUUUAAUGUUACGUUAACUGAAUUUAGACAAAAAUUUAAACUCUGUAAAUAAUGUUGCUGUAAAUAUUAUUGUAAAUGCUUUUGAUAUGAAUAAAUACUAAAACUAAACCAAGAAAACUCGAGUCAAAACCU